CCACCCCUGCCCUCCAGCCCCAGUGCCCCCAUUGAGACUGAACCAGAGCCAGAGCAGGGGGCUUUCAUACCUCAGGGACGGGGCCACCCCCUCCCUGUAGACCUGCACACCUGGCUGGGACUUUCCGCACACCCCUGCUCCCCUCACCCAGCUUCCUGUUUACCCAGAGCUGGGGUGGGGCAGCUGGAUGCCUGGGUUCUCUGAACUGGGGAAGAAGUUGGCGUAGGGAGACAGGCUCUCAGGGUGGAACCAAAGGGGUCUUUAGACAUCUUCUGACUCAGCAGAGAGGGAAACUGAGGCCCAGGGAGGGAAGGUAGCUUGCAGGAAGCCAGUCAGCAGAGCUGAAAUGAGAACACAGAUCUCCAGGUUUCCAGUGUGGUUUGCAUUCUUCUAUACCCUCAAGGUAGGUGCUGGAGGAAGAGCUGAUCCCGUCUCUGAGGUCAAGGGCUGGACUAGGACAAGGACUGGAUCUUGAGGGAUGGAUGUCUGGGUUCCCUGAGAAGAACUGAUUCCCAUACUGGGCUGACCUCCUCCCAUUCCCUUGCUCAUCUCCAGCCCCCUGUGCUGAGUGAGAAGGGGAGAGGUAAGCCUUAGCCUCACCACUGACUACUGACUCACUGAGGAGGGAUGGAAAUGGAGCUUUACCUCCCUUGCUACAAAAAGUAAAGACAGAUGGACGAGGCGUACUCCCAUCCUCAGAGAGCUUCGAAGUCUACAAUGAGCCCUAUCCAUUAGCGCUCCCCAGUCUUCGUCCUCCUCAAGGAGUGGAUGUGCAAUCCUCCAGCACCCAUCUCCUUCUCCAUCACAGUGCCACUAAGAAGCCUUCACCCAGGUCUCUCCAGAGAGCCUCAGGCCGCUGCCUUUACUUAGUUCUGUGUUCAAUGCCAGAAUGCUGCCUCCUACAGGAAGUCCACCUGUAUUGCCCACACCUCCUUUCCUGUCACCAACUUGUCACCAACUUUCUGUCCUUGAUCUAUCCACAGGGCUCAUGUAGAUCUAGUAUGGCUGCCUUUAACUCUCGUGUUUGUUAAUCAGACAGCCAAGCAGCCUGCUGCAUAGAGCUGCAGAACACCAAGUGGGUCACCAGAACACCAAAUAUGCCAGAACUCCCAGUCUGAACUGGAGUGGGGUACGUGUGUCCACAGACGUACGCCAAGAUUAAGAGGUCUCAACAGAUGCAGUGUAAGAGGUAACAGAGAAGAGUUAACCAAGGAAGACGCCUGAAGGAGGUGGGUGUUCGCUGACUAGUGGCAGGAUCAGUGAAAUGACUGGAGGUGAGGCAGAUUACAGCCCUAGCUACAGGCCCAGAAGUUUGAAAAGAAAGAUGUUGUAACCCUAACCCUCGAGCCAAACUUCCUCUCCUAACAAUGCUGGGGAGGAACCCAGGCUGGGGGAGAAGUUAAAGCCAGACUGAGGAGGGGCAGGAAUGUCUGAGGUGGCAACACUUCUCUUCAGCCAGACAGCGCUGGCCAGUUUGGAGUCUGUCCAUCCUGCAGGCCACAAGCUCUGGAUGAGGAACUUGAGGCAAGUCACUAGCCCCUGAUCAUUUCACCUAAAAGAGCAAGGACUAGAGUUCCUGACCUCCAGGCCAGUCCCUGAUUCCUGACCUAAUGUCACCGAGCAAUGAUGGUAAAAUGAAUAUAUACAUCUACGGGGGCCUGGGGCUGGGCGGGCUCCUGCUUCUGGCAGUGGUCCCUCUGUCCGCCUGCCUGUGUUGGCUGCAUCGAAGAGUAAAGAGACUGGAGAGGAGCUGGCACCUUCUGUCCUGGUCCCAGGCCCAGGGCUCCUCAGAGCAGGAACUCCACUAUGCAUCUCUGCAGAGGCUGCCAGUGCCCAGCAGUGAGGGACCUGACCGCAGGCACAGAGACAAGAGAGGCACCAAGGAGGAUCCCAGAGCUGACUAUGCCUGCAUUGCUGAGAACAAACCCACCUGAGCACCCCAGACACCUUCCUCAACCCAGGCGGGUGGACAGGGUCCCCCUGUGGUCCAGGCAGUAAAAACCAUGGUCCCCCCACUUCUGUGUCUCAGUCCUCUCAGUCCAUCUCGAGCCUCCAUUCAAAAUGAUCAUCAUCAAAACUUAUGUGGCUUUUUGACCUUUGAAUAGGGAUUUUUUUUUAAUUUUUAAAAAUUAAAAUUAAAAAAAAAAAAACACGUGGCUCACCCUUCCACCCA